AUGUCUAGCGAUUCUGAUAGUGACAGUGAUGUUGACCAAGAAACUGAGGAGGUUGAGGAUGUUACCGAAGAAGAAAGGCUAAGAAUUCGUAGUAAAUUGUCUACUAUGAGUUUUGAAGAUUUGCUGAAAAUGCGCGAAGAAGUAGGCGCUAAAGUCUACAAUAACACAGUUUUAGGUGUAAAGAAAGAGAAGAAAAAAUUGGAUUUUAGGAGGGCAAAUAAAAAUAGGCCUCGAGAAAUGAGUUCCAAGAUAAGAGUAAAAACAGUACUUCCUACAGUUGCGCCAGUAGCGAAAAAACAAACAGCUAGGGACCCCAGAUUUGAUCCACUAUGUGGACAAUUUGAAGAUAAGACUUUUAAGACAAAUUAUAAGUUUUUACACGAUGUUAGGGUAAAAGAGAAAGAUGCUUUGGAGAAAGAGUUACAAGAUUGUAAAGAUCCUCAAAGAAAGGGAACAAUUAAGUACUUACUGCAAAGAAUGGAAAAUCAAAUAAGAGAACAGGAAAAUUUGGACAAAAAACAUGAAAAAAUAAGGGAAGAAAGGAGGGAAAUUAAGGAUAAACUUAAAAAGGGAGAAAAACCAGUUUUUAAGAAAAAAUCUGUUAAAAAAUUGGAGUCCCUAAUAGAAAAAUAUGAAGAAUUAAAGAAGACCAACAAAUUACAGAAACACAUAGAAAAAAGAACAAAAAAGUUAUCUCAAAAGGAAAAAAAGCAUGACAUGCAACCUGUAUAA